UUUUACUCGCUUUGGCAAAGUUAUGGAAGUGGUUAUAAUGUCCGAUCAGGAGAAGAGAAAUCCAGAGGAUUCGGCUUUCUCAGCUUCGAGGAUGAAGAAGCAGUGGACAGAUGCGUAGCAGAACAUUUUGUCAACCUGAAUGGAAAACAGGUUGAAAUUAAACGCGCAGAGCCACGAGAUUCGUCAAGCAAGAUGAACGAUAGUCAUCAGGGUCAGUGGGGUCCGCCUCAACAGGGUGGCCCGCCGAUGGGGAUGGCCGGGAAUAUGGGGCCCAUGGGUGGCCCGAACGGGCAGAUGGGUGGACCGAUGAUGGGUGGACCGAUGGGUCCUCCUGGUAACAUGAUGCAACAAUAUCAAGGUUGGGGCACCAGUCCUCAAGGUGGCUACGCAGGAUAUAGUACCCAGUAUAAUGCUCAAGGCUGGGGAGCACCACCAGGACCGCCGCAGCAGCAACAAAUUCCGCCUCCACCGCCGCAUCAAUGGGGUAGCAGCUAUAAUGUUCAACCUGCUGCAGCUACUCAGGGCUAUGGAAGCUAUGGUGGGCCGGCGGCGGCCGCUUCAGGGGGCUACGGGCCCACGGCCGGUACUGGCGGGGCUGCGGGGGGCGGGCCCGGGGGUUCCUGGAGCUCCUGGAACAUGCCACAGAAUGGGCCCCCUCCUGGGACCCAGCCCCCACCCCAGCCCCCUCAGCCCAACUCCUCGCAGCCCAACUCCAACUCGAACCCCUCUGGCCCGCAGGGUGAUAUGUACUCGCGGCAGAACACUGGCUCAGGUGCUCCCGGGUCCAGCAGCAGUUCCGCUAAGACUCCGGAUUACACUGGGUACUCCGCGUAUAGUAACUACGCCGACACCACCUAUCCUCAGCGUUCGUAUCAAGGAGGAGAAAGCAACCAAGGAUAUGGAUCCUCGAGCGUUCCUGCUGCACCAGGAACAACGGACAACAACUACAGCGGUGGCCCCCAAAGGGGUUACACAGGAGAGAGAUCAUCGUCCGGUACCAACAAUUAUCAUCCUUAUCGUCGCUAGGAGGAAUAAAACAAAUUCAAACAAAUAAUAUGCGCUUUGAACCUCCCAUCUUUUCUUCUUAGUUAUAUGCAAAUGCAUAGCAAAUGCACAUGUGCAUAUAACUAACUAUACUUAUUACAAUAAAUGAUUUAUAUUUAAUCAUACAAUUCAUUGAAUUUUUUCUCUGAAUUUUUCAAUGGACUCAGUCAAGUCUGCGGUGAAGAUUCGUAGAAAAAAAUAGGUCGAUUAUAUUCGCGUGAGCAUGCAUUACGCGUACACUCGAUGAACAAUAUGCGACAUUAUCGAUUUUGACCAAA